AUGCCCGUCCCGCCCCCGCCGGCGCCCCCGCCGCCGCCCACGUUUGCUGUGGCCAAUACAGAAAAGCCUGCCUUGAACAAGUCAGAGCAGGCUGGGAGAAAUGCUCUUCUCUCCGACAUCAACAAAGGGAAGAAGCUAAAGAAGACCGUCACCAAUGACAGAAGUGCCCCGAUACUGGACAAGCCUAAAGGAGCCGGAGCCGGUGGCGGCGGUGGCGGCGGCGGCGGAUUCGGCGGCGGAGGUGGCGGCGGUGGCGGCGGCGGCGGGAGCUUUGGAGGCGGUGGACCACCCGGUCUGGGAGGACUGUUCCAGGCUGGAAUGCCCAAGCUGAGAUCCACGGCCAACAGGGACAACGAUCCCGGAGGAAGCCGCCCCCCGGUUCUGCCACCGGGAGCCAGAGCCACGUCCGCCAAGCCCUUCUGCCCGCCGGGCGGCGCGGGGCGGUUCCCGGGGCCUUCGCCCGGCCACCGGAGCGGCCCCCCGGAGCCGCAGCCGCCGCGGAGCCGCCUGCCGCCGCCGCGGCCCGACGUGGGCGCCAAGCCCGAGAGCGCGGCGCCGCCGCCGGUGCCCAGCACGCCGCGGCCCGUGCCCGCCGCCCUGCACGCCCGCGGCGGCGCCCGGCAGCCCGCGCCCGCGCCCGCGCCGCCGCCCUUCCCCGGAGGCCGCGCCGCCGCGUUCGGGGGCGGCGGCUCCGUGCGGCAGGCCCCCUCGGCCUUCUCCCACCGGCCCCCGCUGCCCCCCACCCCGAGCCGGGCGCUGGAUGACAAGCCGCCGCCGCCGCCGCCGCCCAUGGGCAGCCGGCCCUCCGCGCACCGGGACGCGGGCCCCCCGCCGCCCCCGCAGAACAGCAAGCCCCCGGUGCCCGCCACGCCGCGGCCGCCCUCCCUGUCGCAGGCGCCCCCGCCGCCGCCGCCCAGCAGGCCCGGCCCGGCCCACCCGCCUCCGGGCUCCGGCGACGAAAUCCCACGCCUCCCGCAGCGGAACCUGUCCCUCAGCUCGUCCGCGCCUCCCCUGCCUUCGCCUGGCCGUUCGGGGCCUCUGCCUCCCCCGCCCAGCGAGAGGCCCCCGCCCCCGGUGAGGGACCCGCCGGGCAGAUCAGGCCCUCUCCCACCUCCUCCUCCAAUAAACAGAAAUGGCAGCACGUCUCGGGCCCUGCCUGCCACCCCACAGUUGCCGUCCAGAGGAGGAGUAGACAAUCCCAGGAGUGGGCCCCGGCCCCCGCCUCCUCCGGACAGGCCUGGUGCUGGGGUGCCUCCCCCACCUCCACCGUCAACAUCAAUUAGGAAUGGCUUCCAAGACUCUUCAUGUGAAGAUGAGUGGGAAAGCAGAUUCAACUUCCAUCCCAUUUCUGACUUGCCUCCUCCAGAGCCAUAUGUGCCAACAACCAAAAGUUAUCCCAGUAAAUUGGCAAGAAGUGAAAGCCGGAGUGGAUCCAACCGAAGAGAAAGGGGUGCCCCACCCCUUCCUCCCAUCCCAAGACCACCUACACAAGUUGCCGAGUAA